AUGCGCCGUCGUCCCACCUGCGUCCCGUCCAUCUCGGCGAUCGUGUCGCCCAAGCAAGAUUCUAUCGGCAUUUGCAUCAAGGCGCCGAAGAAAGGGUCGUUUGGUGACAAGGUGUGCCACGCCGCGGCCGAUGCGACGACGCUGACCGUGCUUGUCGGUGGGCCGCACGGCAAGCCGGCCGUCGACCUCGACCGGUACGACCACGUGGUCAUGAUCUGCGGCGGUAUUGGUGUCACGCCGAUGCUGAGCGUGAUGAACCAGUGCCGCGACAAGUGGGGUGAGACGCGCCGCGCCAACUUGGAAAUGCACUGGGUCGUGCGCGCGCCGGCGGAUCUCUUGAGCGCCGACCGCCUCAUGUUCCCGCUGCCGCAUGAUAUUGUGUGCAAGCUCUACAGCACGGUGGCCGACGAGUCCAGCAGCCUCCUCAGCAGCACGGGCGAGACCGUACACUACGUCCGUGGCAAGCCGAUUCUGGACGAGGUCAUCAACCACGAGCGGUUCCUGGGGAAGAAGGUGUGCGUACUCGCGUGCGGCCCACCGGGUCUCGUGGCCGACGUCCAGCGCCACGCGCGGUCGGUCAACGUCGACUUCCACAAAGAAGUUUUUUUGUUCUAGCGCCAUUUAGAUCUUAUAUACGAAACUGAUAAUUUGAUACAGUUUCCACGCUUAAAGAAAACCAAUGUCGAG